AUGGCGAUCAACAAGUUCGCGGUCGGAGCCGUCUCCAUGAUCAUCAUCGACACGCUCUACAACGCCAUCGCCAUGAUCCUCCCCAUGUGGAGCGCCAACAAGACGGCCGGACUGCUGGGCUUCUGCAUCGACAGCGAGCUCACGAACGCCAACGCCAGCGCCAGUAUCGCCGUCGCCACCACCACCACCACCACCAGCACUACGACGCUCGACCACUGCUUCUACUACAAGUUCGGCUCGUCGUACGACGCAUUGUCGGUGCUCAACAGCGAGGUCUGGACCAAGUACUCGUCCGACGGCGUGUGCAAGGCGUACAACGACGCGGGCGACGUGAGCGACGCCGAGCAGUUGGCGUACGCGACGGUGUUGGCCACUGCCGCCGGCAUGGACACCGAGCAGUUCGACAAGUUCCUGGGCAAGUCGUGCGGUCUGCUGGGCACGGCCACGAUGACGUUCGGCGGCAUGAGCAUGUCGAACGGCGUGAUGGCCAUCAUCGCGAUCCUGGGCGCCGUCACGUGCCGCAAGGGCGACAAGAAGUGGGUGGGCGGCGGCUUCUUCCUGGCGAGUGUAGCGUGCUUCACGGCCAUGCUGACGUUCGUGCUUUGGGUGGUGCAGUCGAAGCCGCUGGGCGAGGAGGACGACGCGUCGUUCAAGGCCUCGUUCUUCCUGAUGAUCAUCGCGAUGCUGCAUUACCCGCUGGCCAUGCAGCAGAAGGAGGCUGAGGCGUUCAAGGAGUCGGAGGAGGACCACACGACGUACUUGGGAGCGGAGACCCCUGUUAGCGGGACCCCAGCAAGUCUAGUUUAA